AUGAACGUUGACGACCACGGCCCAAACUCCGUCCCAAACAGAAAAGACAAAAUGUUUUUGAAACUUGGAGGUAAGCGCGUCGUCCCAACACUGGAAAGUCUCCCCGUUGUCAGACUCGCCCGGUGCAAACUUUCGUCGCGCGUUUGGAUUCGCAUCCGUGCUGAGGUGUUAUGGGUACUGAUUUUCCAAGUUUUGGCCCUUGAGAUGUUGGAAUUUAUUGCGUUUAGAUACCAUCAGUGUGUUGUCAUCUCUCUAGGCGUCCAACGUGGUGUAUUUGAACCCCCCCUUGAGAGGGAAUCGAGUAUCUCGGGCUUGGAUAUACAAUACUUGUCUUGGUCAACUGCCCCCCUCGCGCCCAUUUUCCCUCUUACCCCCUCGGAAAAGGUGCAAAGCAAGCCCCCCCCUUCGAAACGAAACCCUAUUGUCGGUCUACCAGAGCACACGGGUUGUCUCGUCUCGUUCCCGGUGUAUAUCUGA